UUAGUUUCCACGAAGAUUGUAAAGAAUUUAGAGAUGUAUUUGUCAAGAUUUCUGUCAAUUCACGCCCUUUGGGUUACAGUAUCCUCAGUGAUGCAGCCCUUCCCUUUGGUAUGGGGGCAUUAUGAUGUAUGUAAGACUCAGAUUUACACAGAUGAAGGCAAAGUUUGGGAUUACAUGGCCUGCCAGCCGGAAUCCAUGGACAUGACCAAAUAUCUGAAAGUGAAAUUGGACCCUCCGGAUAUUACCUGUGGAGACCCUCCUGAGACAUUCUGUGCAAUGGGUAACCCCUACAUGUGCAAUAAUGAGUGUGACGCGAGCACCCCCGAGCUGGCGCACCCCCCUGAGCUGAUGUUCGAUUUUGAAGGAAGACAUCCAUCCACGUUUUGGCAGUCUGCUACUUGGAAGGAGUACCCCAAGCCUCUUCGGGUUAACAUCACGCUGUCUUGGAGCAAAACCAUUGAGCUCACUGACAACAUAAUUAUCACCUUUGAAUCUGGACGCCCAGACCAAAUGAUCCUGGAAAAAUCUCUUGAUUAUGGACGAACAUGGCAGCCCUAUCAGUAUUAUGCCACAGACUGCUUGGAUGCUUUUCACAUGGAUCCAAAGUCCGUGAAGGACUUAUCACAGCACACCGUCUUGGAAAUUAUUUGCACAGAAGAGUACUCCACGGGGUAUAUGACCAAUAGCAAAAUAAUCAACUUUGAAAUCAAAGACAGGUUCGCAUUUUUUGCGGGACCUAGGCUACGCAAUAUGGCUUCCCUCUAUGGACAACUGGAUACAACCAAGAAACUCAGAGAUUUCUUUACAGUCACAGACCUAAGGAUAAGACUUCUGAGACCAGCCAUCGGGGAAAUAUUUGUAGAUGAGCAACACUUGGCACGCUACUUUUAUGCUAUCUCAGACAUAAAGGUACAAGGAAGGUGCAAGUGUAAUCUCCAUGCCACUGUGUGUGUAUAUGACAACAGCAAAUUGACAUGUGAAUGUGAGCACAACACUACAGGCCCAGACUGUGGGAAGUGCAAGAAGAAUUAUCAGGGCCGGCCUUGGAGUCCAGGCUCGUAUCUCCCCAUCCCCAAAGGCACUGCAAAUACCUGUAUCCCCAGUAUUUCCAGUAUUGGUAACUGUGAAUGCUUCGGCCACUCCAAUCGAUGCAGUUAUAUCGAUCUGCUAAAUACAGUCAUUUGCGUGAGCUGUAAACACAACACUAGAGGGCAGCACUGUGAGUUAUGCAGGCUGGGCUACUUCAGAAAUGCUUCUGCACAGCUGGACGAUGAGAAUGUGUGCAUAGAGUGUUAUUGUAACCCUCUGGGCUCAAUCCAUGACCGUUGUAAUGGCUCAGGAUUUUGUGAGUGUAAGACUGGAACGACAGGGCCUAAGUGUGAUGAGUGUCUGCCAGGAAAUUCCUGGCACUACGGCUGUCAACCGAAUGUGUGCGACAACGAGCUCCUGCACUGCCAGAACGGAGGGACAUGCCACAACAACGUGCGCUGCCAGUGCCCAGAAGCUUACACCGGCAUCCUCUGCGAGAAGCUGCGGUGCGAGGAGGCCGGCAGCUGCGGCGCGGGCUCCGGG